AAGCAGCAGCAGCCGUCGGUAGAUGGCGGUAACCCAAAGAAACCUGAUCCAGCGGCUCCUCGGCCGCUCCAGUCUCAGUUUGCAGCACUCGCGCUGAAGGCUCGGGAGCAGUUUGAAGGGCACCAGAAGACACGGGAGAGCUCUCGCGCGGCGGCCGCUCGACUUUUCUGUGCGCGCGGGGGACGGAACGCUGCAAAAGCAGAGAAGAACCGGGGCCACCACCAUGGAAGACAAACCGAAUUCGUUCUCCAGCAACAAGGAGGAGAAGGCGGACGGGAAUAAUGUUUUCCAGAGGCAAGACUCGAUACAGAAAAACAGCACGGGCAGCCAGAACACCAAGGACCAUGGCAACUCCGUGGGCUUUAAAGGGGAGCGGGAGGAGGCCAUGGUGGGCUUUGACGAUCUGGAGGGGGCGUCCAGGCAAUACGGUUUCAUGCAGAGGCAAUUUGGGGCCAUGAUGCAGCCUGGAGUCAAUAAGUUCUCCCUGCGUAUGUUCGGCAGUCAGAAAGCAGUGGAGAAAGAACAGGAGCGGGUCCAAACAGCCGGAUACUGGAUCAUUCAUCCAUAUAGCGAUUUUAGGUUCUACUGGGACUUGAUAAUGCUCAUCAUGAUGAUGGGGAAUCUAAUCAUCAUUCCUGUGGGAAUAACCUUCUUCUCAGAGCAGACCACCACCACCUGGCUGGUCUUCAAUGUUGCCUCGGACACCAUCUUUCUGGUGGACCUGGUCAUGAACUUCAGGACGGGGAUCGUCAACGAGGAGAGCUCAGAGAUCAUCCUCGACCCAAAGGUCAUCAAGAUGAAUUACCUGAAGAGCUGGUUCGUCGUGGACUUCCUCUCCUCCAUUCCAGUGGAUUAUAUCUUUUUAAUAGUAGAGAAGGGUUUUGACUCUGAGGUUUAUAAGACAGCACGCGCCCUGAGAAUCGUCCGCUUCACCAAGAUCCUCAGUCUCUUGCGGCUCCUAAGACUGUCCCGACUCAUCCGGUAUAUACAUCAGUGGGAAGAGAUUUUCCAUAUGACCUAUGACCUGGCUAGUGCAGUGGUAAGAAUAUUUAAUUUAAUAGGGAUGAUGCUGCUUCUGUGUCACUGGGAUGGUUGCCUCCAAUAUCUGGUGCCUCUGCUGCAAGACUUCCCCCCUGACUGCUGGGUGUCGCUAAACGGUAUGGUUAACGUUUCCUGGGGCAAGCAGUACUCCUACGCCCUUUUCAAGGCGAUGAGCCACAUGCUGUGUAUCGGAUACGGAGCCCGUGCGCCUGUCAGCAUGUCGGACCUGUGGAUCACCAUGCUCAGUAUGAUAGUGGGCGCCACGUGCUACGCCAUGUUUGUUGGCCAUGCCACAGCUCUGAUCCAGUCGCUCGAUUCUUCACGGAGACAGUACCAAGAGAAGUACAAACAAGUGGAGCAGUACAUGUCGUUCCACAAGCUUCCUGCGGACAUGCGGCAGAAGAUACACGACUAUUAUGAGCAUCGCUAUCAGGGCAAGAUCUUCGACGAGGACAACAUUCUGAGUGAACUCAACGACCCACUCAAAGAGGAAAUUGUCAACUUUAACUGCCGUAAACUGGUGGCCACCAUGCCCUUGUUUGCAAAUGCCGACCCCAACUUUGUGACCGGGAUGCUGAGCAAGUUAAAGUUCGAGGUCUUUCAGCCAAAUGACUACAUCAUUCGGGAAGGAACGGUGGGGAAGAAAAUGUACUUCAUCCAACAUGGAGUGGCAAGCGUCAUCACCAAAUUCAACAAGGAGAUGAAACUGACCGAUGGCUCGUACUUUGGCGAGAUCUGCCUCCUCACCAAAGGCAGACGGACGGCCAGCGUGCGUGCAGACACCUACUGUCGACUUUUCUCUCUCUCUGUCGAUCAUUUCAACGAGGUGCUAGAGGAGUACCCCAUGAUGCGACGUGCUUUUGAAACGGUCGCCAUCGACCGGCUGGACCGAAUCGGGAAGAAGAACUCCUUGCUUCUGCAGAAGUUCCAGAAGGAUCUGAAUGCCGGCGUUUUCAACACCCAGGAGAACGAGAUAUUGAAGCAGAUUAUCCGUCAGGAUCGGGAGAUGGUGAUGAUGGUGGACCGCAAGCAGUCGGUCACCGGGAUGAACUCAACGCCAAUGUCAGGAAACUCCAUCAUUAACUCGCCUGCCCAGCCGCCUUUCUCUACUGCCUUCGGUCAAUUCCAGCAGUCCUCGGUUCCUUUGACCUACAGUGCUUCAGCCAUUGCCAAUGCCUCCGCCGCCCGCAUGCUGCCAGUCGCUGCUGCUGCGGCUGCGGCUGCUGUCCAGGGCGUUUACCCUGCACCCAGCGUCUCCCAUGGCAACCUGAAUUCCUCCUCCCCCAACCCGCAGACCCCACUGCAGCAGCAAGGGGCCAUCAUGUCACCCUGCUCUUUCACCGCCGCCAUGUGUAGUCCACCAGUACAGACCCCUCUGGCGAGCCGUAGCUUCCAGUACGGAUCCCCAACAGCCUCGCAGCUGUCCUUGAUCCAGCAGCCCAUAGCUCAGCCAUCUCUGUCCUCACAGCAGCCCGCUCCGUCGACCGCAGCGAGCGGCUCUGCAGCCCAGCCGCCGCAACAAGUACCUUCGCCUCAGAGGGGAGACGUUCACAAGAGCACACAGGCGCUUCAGUCUGGCAGCUUGAGUCGAGAUCUCCGCCACUUAUCCGCCUCCCAACCAUCACUGCCACACGACACAUCGGUGGGGCCGAGAGGGCACCCGACCUCAGGAGACUCGCUCGCCUCCAUCGUGCCACCGACAGCGGCGGCCAUGCAGGGGAUGAAUCUGCAAAGCGGCAUUCGCACAACGGUGCCCCAGCGGGUCAACCUCUUCCGCCAGAUGUCAUCAGGAGCUCUUCCCCCGGUACGCUCGGCAGCGGCAGCCGCCGCUGUUGCUGCUGCGGCAGCAGCGUCCUCCACCACUACCCAGCAUAGGGAAUCCCCUGGUUCUAGGAGAGAUUCUGUCCUGAGCAGUACAGAGACUGAGCAAGACAAAAUGCGUUUUGCGUCCAAUUUAUGAUCUUUUUUUUUCUUUUCCUUGUUUAUUUUUUAUGUUUUUUUACACACCGGAGAUAGAACGGAGACGGAACAUAAUGAAAAGAACUCCAGCAUUUUUUUUGUCUCCAGUUCUCUCUUAAAAUAGCCUCAUAGAAACCUUGUACAUACAAGCCCUUGUAUAAUAUUUUAGACACAUUGCCUCCCUAAAUUUAAGAAUGUAUAUUAAACAGAUACAUCUCUCUUCUUUUACGCCAUAUUUAAAACCUAUAUGUAUAUCUAUAUAUAUGUAGAUUCAUAUAUAUAUUUAUAUAUAUAUAUACAUAUAUAUACUGCCGUGUGUGUGUGGGGGUGCCUGGAUAUGUGUGUGGGUGCAUGUGGAAACCUAAAUACAAUAUUUGGUCAUUUUAAAAAACUGUAGUAUAAACACAAGUCUUCCUUUCUGAGAAAUAUAACAAAUAAUAUAACGUAUGAUGCUUUUUUUUAAUUCACUCACACUUUAUUUUAUUUAUUUUUUUUUUUUUUUCGACUCGAAUGCAUCAUGGAUUCUGAAUGACUGCUUUUUUUUAACCACUGAAGAAGAGGAAGUUGAGCUCCUCCUAUCCAGCAGCUUUAGGCAGCACUGUGGAAAAAUAAAUGCAAGCGACACUAACAAACACUCUCCAAAAGCACAUUACACACAUCAAUUUCCCGAACAUUCAUCGCACAAACGAAUCCAAUAGUGUAUCUAAGUGUUAUCCUGCUCACAGCGACGUCAACACAGUUUGCCGAACCACUAAACCCACACAGAGACUCCACGUUCACACCGUGACAGUGUUAUGGGUCCAAAGGGAAUAGAACACAGAUAUGCUGCUUUCUUUCUUUCAGUUUUGAGGUAGAUGGAUCAAAAAUGGAUGGGUGCUUUUUGAUUUUUAUUUCAGGUGGCUGGGAUGUAAUGUUGCUUAAAAAGUCUGUGUAUAUUUAUAAUAUUUAUAAACUAAAGAUUAUCACCAUUAUGCAAUAGACUGUGACAUAAAGAUUACCUACGUAUAUGUGUGCUGUAAAUAGUUUUGUAGAGCUAGUAUUUACAGGUACUGUGUGGUGCAUUCUCUAUCAUAACAAUGUCUUACUCGUAUCCGGAACUGGGGUGUCGUCAACACGAAACGUUUCAUAAGAGAGAACCUUAAUGCGACAGCCAGCACGACUGCCACAGCGGAGGGGGCUUAACAACGGAUCCUAACGGACUCCUCAUUGAUUCCUGAUCAAUUCGCGGUGCAGCCAAACACAACUCAUGAGUGUGUUUGUGUGAUGACCACAACCACGUCCACAUUGCAGUAGCUCCAAAAACAGCCGUUUCAAUGCUCCGCCUGCCUGUAAUUAUCCAUCAAGUCGUUCGACCACAAGAAUUUGGUUACUUAACGUAGCAGAAAGGCUGAAGACGCUAACUUCUCUGUGCGUCCUCCUAUGUCACAGCUCUUGUCUUUCAUCCUGGCACGUCCUUUACUGUCUCUCCUCUGCACUCUACCUCUACCUCGGCAGGGGCUCUUCACCUGUUUACCCUGCCUGCACUCUUCUCAUCGCCUCCCCUGAUCUCUCUUCACAACAGCCAAUGACUGAUCUAAAAUCUAGCGUCAUUUUAUCAUGCAGUGUUUUGCAGUGUCUCAGCUCUAUUCAGAGUAUUGAUGUGGAGACCUGUUCUCAUAAUACCAAAGAACAAUCCUUCCAUCAAUUUCAAUUUCCAACUCAACCUUUCGGUUAAUGUGCAGGUCACUCCGAAGAAAAAAGCUAACGCGAAAUUACUCAGGCCCCAUGAGUAACCCUAGCCUAGUGGUUAAAGCUGAUGUUUCUUGGUCUAUUUUCUUCUUGGUCUAUUUUCAAGUCUAGGGUGAAAGUUAAAGAUCAACGUGUGAUGGACCAGUGGUGAAAAGACUGGUGCCUAGAGCUCAGAAUAACCGUAAAUGAAUAUUUGAAGACCCAGGUAUCGAAGCAGAAUGAGAGGCAAUGCAUACAAACAAUCCCGUUGAGGUUGAAGCACAGUCAAAUCCCACGCAAAGAAAUGAAAGAUGAAUGUCACUGAAGGCCAUAUUGGAACCAUUUCCAUUUUGCAGGUAAGAAAAAAAAUGACAACAAAACAAAAUCAAAGUCCACACACAGCUGUUAACGGAAAUGAAGUCUCAGAAACUAAAACUGUUGUGGAAGGUUGUGGUCACCCAAACAGACUGUGAACGAACCCUCACUAAUCCUUCCAUUUUCAAACAACUGCUAUGGUUCCCGGUUGGCCCCGUCUGAGGACAUCAGUCCUGGUGUGCUGCUGUGACCUCGCAGUUGAAGAACCUUGCGGAUUUUAAACCCCUUGAACGUUUUUUUCCAAGCGUCUGACUCAAGCGUUUUGGGGACGUUUCCACCCAGAGGUGAUUUCAUGUGAAGGGAAAAAGUGCUGGCGUGCAUUAAGGUUCACAUCUCAUGUAAAUCCAUCAUGCGGGCUCAGGCACUUUAAACUGGCCAGGUGUGAUGCUGGACAAGGUCAAACCAAGAUCAUCGCAGCUCUAUUAAAGCAACUAAAUCACCAAAAUCUGUUGGCUCAACCAGAAUCAAAGACGCUGCGGAGGCUGUUCUCUCUUCCGUCGUAACGGAAGAGCGGUUUAAAGUGGCAGAGCCCUGGGAGACUUGGAAGAGAUGACAUGUCUUUGCUGCAGAUUGUGUCAAUAGUGUACCAAUACAAACAACCAUCACUGUCAUGAAAGCAUGCACUGUCACAAAUACUUAAAAAAAGAGACUAUCUCAGAAAUGUUAAAUGUAAUGUUAGAUUCUGUUUGUCUGCCUAGACAUUCUGUGUGUGAACACGACUUCCCACAUGGACAUUCUUAAGUAUUUGUGCCUAAAUUAUAGCCAUGUUCCACUUUUUGUUACGAUGACGGCGUCGAUUGUUCGUACGCUGGCUUUUUUGUUUUCUUACUCUGCUCUACAUGUUCUAUGUCUCUGUGUUUUUGAUGGGAAAACGGUGGCGAAAUGUCUCAAGUUAUAGCAAUCGGUAUUUACUAUGUGAUCACUAGGGGCGGUUUUGUUCCAUGCCCAGCUCCAUAGAUUCCACAUGGAAGUCAUGUACAGUCGAAAAAAAAAGAAGUGCAAUCUUAAUACUUGGCUGGAUGAGAGGCGGAUUUGGAAGCACCUUUCUGCCGUGAUGUAGGCGUGUGGGCUGAGUAUUGAUGUGUGGAAGGAAAAUGGCCAAAGCAAAACAUCCUGAGUCAUUGUCUUUGUUUUUAAAUUGCACUUUCUGAUUUAGCAGUAAAAAGCUACAUAAUGUCCGAAUUGUUUUCUCAGGAAGGAU